UGUGAACCGAAUAGCAAAAGACAAUCAACCCUCCCAGGUUAACUCCAGCACAGCACGUAAAACAAAAACAAACCCCAAAACCAUUUCAGUUCAUCGAUUCUUCAGAAAAUAUCGAACCAAACCCUUCCUCGAAUCCAAGCCAAUGGCCUAAAUUUAAAAAAAUCCUCGCCAGUUCAUUUAUUGCACAUCGCUAUCAUCGUCUCGCUUUCACUUGUAUUUGCGUUCUGCAAUGGCCUCUCUCUCGGGCCUCUGCUCUUCUUCCCCUUCUUUGAAGCCUAAGCAUGAUCGAGUCGUCAUUCCAUUGUUUCACAAGUACUCGCUCGCAUUCCCUACUCGGUCCAAUUCUUGCUCCAAGCUCUCCGUUGCUGGUGAAGUGUCCGCCGAUUUGUCCAAAACGAACAGCGUGGGCGUUUUGAAGAAGGCCAAGCAAGGUGGGCUGGAGAAAGAUCCUAAAGCGCUUUGGAGGAGGUACGUUGACUGGUUGUACCAGCACAAGGAGCUCGGGUUGUACCUCGAUGUCAGUAGGAUCGGGUUUUCGGAUGAGUUCGUCGCGGAAAUGGAGCCCCGGUUCCAAGCCGCGUUUAAAGCUAUGGAGGACUUGGAGAAAGGCGCCAUCGCCAACCCCGAUGAAGGGCGGAUGGUGGGCCACUAUUGGUUGAGGAACGCCAAGCUCGCGCCAAAACCGAUUUUGCAAGUACAGAUUGAGAAGACUCUCGACGCCGUUUGCAAGUUCGCUGAUGACGUCAUCAGCGGUAAGAUUAAGCCUCCGUCUUAUCCAGAGGGUCGUUUUACUCAAAUACUCUCUGUUGGGAUUGGAGGUUCAGCUCUGGGCCCACAAUUCGUUGCCGAAGCAUUGGCUCCUGAUAAUCCUCCUCUAAAGAUAAGAUUUAUUGAUAAUACUGAUCCCGGUGGAAUAGAUCAUCAGGUUGCACAGCUCGGUCCAGAGCUGGCUUCUACCCUUGUAAUUGUGAUCUCUAAGAGCGGAGGUACCCCAGAAACUAGAAAUGGUCUGUUGGAAGUUCAGAAAGCCUUCCGUGAAGCUGGUCUGGAUUUUUCAAAACAGGGAGUUGCUAUAACACAAGAAAAUUCUUUGUUGGACAACACGGCAAGGAUUGAGGGUUGGGUAGCCAGAUUCCCUAUGUUUGAUUGGGUUGGUGGCAGGACAUCUGAAAUGUCUGCUGUUGGUCUACUUCCAGCAGCACUUCAGGGAAUUGACAUAAGGGAGAUGCUAGUUGGUGCAUCUAUGAUGGACAAUGCCACAAGGAGCAGAGUGCUCAAGGAUAAUCCUGCAGCAUUGCUUGCUUUAUGUUGGUAUUGGGCAUGCGAUGGGGUUGGAUCUAAGGAUAUGGUUAUCCUUCCAUACAAGGACAGCUUAUUACUUUUUAGUAGGUAUUUACAGCAGCUGGUUAUGGAAUCACUCGGCAAGGAGUUUGACCUGGAUGGUAACCGGGUAAAUCAAGGAAUAUCUGUUUAUGGGAAUAAAGGAAGCACAGAUCAGCAUGCUUAUAUUCAACAGCUGAGGGAGGGUGUGCAUAAUUUCUUUGUGACAUUCAUUGAAGUGUUACGUGAUAGACCCCCUGGUCAUGAUUGGGAGCUUGAACCAGGUGUCACAUGUGGUGACUACCUGUUUGGAAUGCUACAGGGAACAAGAUCAGCUCUAUACGCAAAUGACCGAGAGUCCGUUACUGUCACCGUCCAAGAGGUGACACCUAGAUCUGUUGGGGCUCUUGUAGCUCUUUAUGAGCGAGCAGUUGGACUUUAUGCCUCACUUGUCAACAUCAAUGCUUACCAUCAACCUGGUGUGGAAGCUGGGAAAAAAGCAGCAGGCGAAGUAUUAGCUUUACAAAAGCGGGUUUUAGCAGUACUCAAUGAGGCUAGCUGUAAAGAACCCGUUGAACCAUUGACACUUGAAGAAGUGGCUGAACGUUGCCAUGCUCCUGAAGACAUUGAAAUGAUUUACAAAAUCAUUGAGCACAUGGCUGCCAAUGACAGAGCACUAAUUGCUGAAGGCGAUUGUGGCUCACCGAAUAGCUUAAAGGUUUUCCUAGGGGAGUGUAACUUGGAUGAAUUGUAUGCUUAAGUUAACACAUUGAAAUUCAUGUUUCAGGUUUCAUAAUAGUGUUCCAGUGAAGAAAAAAAAGCUUCAAUAAAAUUAUUUAACUGUUUACAAUGUAUCUGAUUUCCCCUCUGAAGCAGGUACUUUCUUUUUCUAUCAA